AUGGUGCGUCCUCAUUCUUGUCCACCCGGUCCCUCGAUUCAGGAAGUAGGCGAUCUGAAUACGCUAAAGGAGGUAUGCAGGCGUUGGCCUUAUGAUCACCAAGGCAUUGGAAGAGAACGGAGCUACAGUAUUUAUCAUCGGCCGCCGUAAGGAGAAACUGGAAGAGGCAGCUAAGGCAGAAGCCGUAUGCUAUUCCCCUUUCUCAAAUCAUAACUCCUCCCCUGGUGGAAUAUGUCGCUGAGAAAGGAAUGAUUCUUUAGAAACAUGGAAAAAUCAUACCUAUCCAAGGAGACAUCACCUCCAAAACUGAUCUCACCCGCAUUGUCUCCACCAUCAAGGAGCAUCCCCUCAGUGGCGGUUAUGUGAAUCUCGUCGUCGCCAAUGCCGGCGCCAUGGGCCCGGAGCCUCCUGCCAGCCUCGACGCAAACCAGCCUGCCUCUAACCGUGCUUCACUCAAGGACGCGUAUGAGCUGCUGUGGGCGCCCGAGGUGGCGGACUUCAACAGCGUCCUCGAGACCAACGUCGCCGGAUCAUACUUCACUGCUGUUGCUUUCCUGCCUCUUCUGGAUGCAGGAAACAACGCUGGGAAUGUAUCACAGUCGAGUCAAAUCAUCAUCAUGGGUAGUGCUUCGGCCUACUCUCGCCUGGCAUCCAGCAAGUUUGCGUACGGUGCGAGCAAAGCUGGCACCAACGACUUGGUCAAGAGACUGUCGACGACACUGGCUAUAUACCGUAUCCGAGUGAACUCUAUUGUUCCAGGAAGUGAGUUUUUCUCCUUCCCUAUUCCACCCUUUGAUUGAAGGUUUAUAAUUGACCCGCGCAGUCUUCCCCUCUGACAUGACUGAGCAUGUCAUCCAAUUUCUAAAUUCCAACCCGGAAGCAGCAAAGGCAAUUUUGCCAGUCGGGCGACCAGGAAACAUCCAGGACAUGGCUGGUCUUACGCUUUGGCUCUCAUCCAACGCCGGAGGAUAUGUUACUGGCAGCAUCGUCUUGUCCGAUGGAGGCGUGUUGAGCGUAACGCCUGCCUCAUACUAA